UCGACCAAACAUCAGCUCGAUGAAUAUGGCGUGUAUCGGGGACGCAGACCCUUUCACCGCUGCGAUACCUGCCACCAAAGUUGAACUCACGGUUUCUUGUAGAAACCUGCUGGAUAGAGACACAUUCUCCAAGUCUGAUCCAAUUUGUGUGCUCUACACUCAAGGAAUAGCCAACAGGGAAUGGAGAGAGUUUGGAAGGACGGAGGUUAUAGACAACACCCUAAACCCUGACUUUGUCCGCAAAUUCAUCCUGGACUAUUUCUUCGAGGAGAGGCAGAAUCUGCGCUUUGACCUGUACGAUUUGGACUGCAAGAGCGACAACCUCUCGAAACACGACUUCCUGGGCCAGGCAUUCUGCACACUAGGUGAGAUAGUUGGCUCCCUGGGGAGUCGCCUGGAAAAGCCCUUAAUUGGGAUCCCAGGGAAGAAAUGUGGCACCAUCAUAGUGAGAGCAGAAGAGCUGAGCAACUGCAGGGAGUCAGUGAUGCUGCAGUUUUGUGGCAACAAGCUGGACAAGAAGGACUUCUUUGGAAAAUCGGAUCCUUUCCUCGUCUUUUACCGCAGUAAUGAAGACGGAUCGUAUACCAUCUGCCACAAGACUGAAGUGGUGAAGAACACUCUGGAUCCGGUGUGGCAGGCUUUCAAAAUUCCCGUCAGAGCGCUGUGUAACGGAGACUACGACAGGAGCAUUAAGGUGGAGGUGUACGACUGGGACAGAGAUGGAGGCCACGACUUCAUCGGCGAAUUCAGCACCAGCUACAGAGAAAUGUCGAGAAGCCAGUCACAAUUUCACAUCUAUGAGGUGCUAAAUCCAAAGAAAAAAGGAAAGAAGAAGAAAAAGUACCAAAACUCAGGAACGGUCACCCUCCUGUCCUGCCUGGUGGACACUGAGCUCUCCUUCUUGGACUACAUUAGAGGCGGGACUCAGAUUAAUUUCACGGUGGCAAUUGAUUUCACAGCAUCAAAUGGCAACCCUUCCCAGCCCACCUCGCUCCAUUACAUGAGCCCCUACCAGCUGAAUGACUACGCCAUGGCGCUGCGGGCGGUCGGAGAGAUCAUCCAGGACUACGACAGCGACAAGUUGUUUCCUGCGCUGGGAUUUGGUGCCAAGCUUCCCCCAGAUGGAAGGGUCUCACACGAGUUUGCUCUGAAUGGUAAUCCACAGAACCCAUACUGCAACGGAAUUGAGGGGGUGAUGGAGGCCUAUUACCAGAGUCUCAAAUCCGUGCGUCUCUACGGACCCACCCACUUCUCCCCUGUUAUUAACCAUGUGGCCAGGUAUGCGUCAGCUGUGACGGACGGCUCUCAGUACUUCAUCCUGCUCAUCAUCUCUGAUGGCGUCAUCACGGACAUGGCACAGACUAAGGAGUCCAUAGUCAAUGCCGCAUCUCUGCCCAUGUCAAUUAUAAUAGUCGGGGUUGGACCAGCAGAAUUUGAUGAAAUGAUCGAGCUGGACGGGGACGAGGAGAGGAUCUCUUCCCAAGGACGAUACGCAGAGAGAGACAUAGUUCAGUUCGUUCCUUUCAGAGACUACAUCGACCGGCGGGGUAACCACAUCCUCAGCAUGGCUCGCCUGGCAAAGGAAGUCCUCGCUGAAAUUCCAGACCAGUUCCUGUCCUACAUGAGAACCCGAGGGAUCAAACCUGGCCCCCUGCCUCCUCCUUACACCACCUGCCCUCCACCUGCUCUCCACCCGCUCCUGGCUAGACGGGUAAGCCGAAUCUAAAGGCCCUGGAGUCUCUCU